UUGUACAGUUGAUGACUUUGUUAGCAUCGUCUUACAGCUGGCACUGAUUUUGGCCGCAAGAUGCUGGAUAGUGUUAGAAAACUUGCUUUUUAGACGCGGUCAAGGAGAAAGAUAAAUGCGGAAUGUCAAUAACUUACCAUUACACUUCAACGAAGGAUCGGUGUACGUCAUAUGUUUUCCGUUAUUAUUAUAUAAUUCUUAUUGUGAUUGAAAAUAUACGAAAAUAAUCAUUAUUGAACAAGUAAAAAAAAGGCCAAGAAAGACUGUUUAAAAAAAUUAAGAAAAGAGAAGCGUAGAUCAAUCAUAGGAACCUGCAAUAAAGUUUAUAAUAAUCCGAGAGGUUCCUAUCUUUAUCAGUGAAGACAUUUGUUGCCCGUGACUCUGUCAUCAUAGAUUAGAUUAAGCUUAAGCCUCCAUACUAAUCAUCGUCAGUCAGACAAACUCGGGCCGAGACGCAGAGUGGGAGGCGUCCAGCUAAUGUUGUUCUUGAGAUCAACAGCAGAAGGAAGUGUAAAAUAGGUGACAGCAUUUAAAACUAGUCAUAGUUUGCAUUACUAAACGCACACGUUUCCUGAUAAUAUUUGUGGUUCCAGGUGGGAGUUUAUCCUGAAGAAGAUAAACUUGACCGUCUGGAAUAGAAAGUAAGGAAUUGGCGAAGUCCCUCGCCCAGAACAAGUGCAAUUAUUAAGCGAAUUCAUGAAAAUGAAGUGAAAUCGGAGGGUAAAGUGAGAUUUACGGUCUCCCAUUCUGGAGAGACUGGAGGUGAGUGUCUCCGAGUGGCGGAAGGAUGCUUCCAACGACAGCCAGUGGUCUUCCCAACAACAAAUCGAAAUGAGGGUCAGCAUGGACUGCAACGAAACCUGCUGUUCUUGGGGGGAGGGUCAAGUGAUGUGUUUCAGUGAUAACAACUUCACGGACAGGUGCAACCUCACGCACACGGAUUCGUGGGAGUUGGGAGUGAGGUGGGCGUUCACUGUCGUCAUCGCGGUCCUGGGCUUCUUCGGGAACCUGUCCAUCCUCAUCAUCCUCUUCAGGAACCGGCUCCUCUUGAGGACACCUGUGAACCGCUUCAUCAUGAACAUGGCAUUCGCCGACUUCAUGCUGUCCUGGUUGGGACCCGUGCAGUUCACCAUUUCAGACACUCACCAGUUCUACGUUUUAGGGGAAGUGUGGUGUCAUUGUGAAGGGUACAUCCAAAUCUUGGUGAUGUUAGUGAGCGCGCUGAGUCUAACUGUGAUCAGCUACGAUCGGAUGCUGGGAAUCGUCCGCCCCUUCCACAAGCAACUGCAGAUGUGGCACUAUGACGUCAUCAUCGUUUUCAUCUGGAUCCUGUCUGCUGCUUUCGCCUUACCUUUCAUGCUCUACAGAGUAUAUACGGUUCGCAUCUGGAAAGAUCUGACGGAGACCAAUUGCGGGGAAAACUCCAAGAUUGGCAUAUGGUGGAUAUUGACUCCGAUUGUACUCAUAUGGAUUCCCGUGGGAACCAUGGUCAUCUCCUACUCCUCUAUUCUGAUGGUCCUGAAGUGUUCCAAGUGGAGGCCCAGGCACACGGAGCAUCCUGCAAUCAUUCACCUGAAGAAGCGCGUGAUAAUUAUGAUGUUCAUCGUGGUGGUAGGAUUCAUCGUCUGCUGGGGUCCCUUCCAGGCCAACCGCAUUUUCUAUUUCCUCAACACAGAAAACGGGCGCUUCAAGGAUCCGACCAUCGGACAAGCUUACGAUAUUUUCACAACGGUGUCGCAGUACUUGUUGUACGUCAACCCGGCUUUCAACCCGAUUGUGUAUGGCCUGAUGCAUAACACGUUCAGGAGAGCAUUCAGGAUCACCUUCUCUUGCUUCUUCAAUAAAAAGUCGCCGUUCGUGCUAAUGAGGGGCCAAGGGCAUCAGCGCUACGUUUGGUCGAUGAAGUCGACCACAAGUGCCGCUUACGGACAGAAUCUGGAGGCCAACUUGAGGAGCAGGUCAAGGCUCCGUCACAAGAUGUGCCCGAGGUCUCUGGCGACUCCUUCAGCCAUCGUAUCGUCCUCGGCCAUGGUGGCUGCAAUCGCACUCGACCACCGCAAAACGGCAGGGCAAGACGUCCCAGACAGCAGCAAAACUCGAGGGGUCGAAGGAAAGACGGGGCAAACUCUCUUGUCGCACGUGAAUGAAAGUUACGUUCACGAUCUGCCGCCGCCCUCGAGGACGAGGUACAUUGCGAGCACGGGGGCACUCGGCCAUCUCAUAACGCAAGUCAUCGAAGAGGAGACGUCCAGCGACGUCGAUUCGGAGCGCAUUUUGUGAUUGCGUGAGGUUGUGGUCCUCCGCACUCAUUCAGUUCGUCUGUUCGGGUUUCCCAGAAACCCAUUUUGACCUCACCUGACUUCUAAGGUCUGCAGGAAAGCAGCUGCGUUAAGCCCCACUUUCAUCAGCGCUUUGGCAGCAUCGAAAAGUACUCAGCAGAAAGUCAAAUAAGUUCACGUAGAGGUACCUACAAAUCGUGUUCUCUCACAGAGCCAAGGUGUCAGGGACCUUCCAACGAAGCGGUGCAAAAAGUAGUGUAAGCGACUUCCAAGCAAAGUGGCGCUCGAAAUGCUCUCUUCUUCAUAUUUUUUUCAAGACCAAAGUCCAGUGGGGCGGGAAACCUAAUGCACUUUUCUAGUCUAGGCCAAAAGAAAACGAAGCCUGCCUCUUUAAGGAAGAAAGGUUUUAAGCUUAUAUAAUUGUACGUUAAAACUGAAUAGCAAAAUAGGUAAACGACGAGUAAAAUGUCAAAGGGUCAAUGAAAUAGUUAAGGAAGAACGAAGUAGGCGGAUGAUAAUUUUACCUUAUCUGUAAAAUGAUUUUGAAUGGUAAAAUGAAUCAAUUUGUUAGUGUUUGUUAUGGACGAGGUGUAUAAACUAAAUUUGUUUUGUUUUAUAUUUGCAAAAUAAGAAUGCAAUUAUAUGAAGUUA